UUUACCGAGGCGACUCGGGGAGGAAUCGCCGGGUUGUGACCGACUUGGGCCGGUCUCUUUAACUCGUUCCCGUGACUCGUCUUCCUUUAACUGAAUUCCUCCUCCACCAAAUCCCACUCUUCUUCCUCAGUCUCACAACCAAAGUUGCAACUUUGCGGUGGUUGUGACGCCGGCGGCGAGGCAUGGUGGAAGAAUCGGAGGCCCUCGCCGGAUCUGCCGAGCAGUUUCUCUCCAGCGCCCUCCUCCUCCUACCCACUGCGAUCGAGAAGGCCAGGUCCGCCUUGCGAUUCGCUGGCCGUUGGAAGUCCAUCGCCACCAAGCUGGAACUGGUGGCUCCGGCGUUGAAUGACCUCGCUGGCCAUCCCUGCUUCUCCCGCCACGCCCUCUGUCGGGAGCUACUCCAGUCCGUCGCCGCCACCCUCGCCGAGGCAGUCGAACUAGCCGACCGCUGCGGUGACCCCUCGGUUGGAAAGCUCCGGAUGCAGAGCGACCUCGAUGCGCUGGCUGGAAAGCUCGACCUCAACCUCCGGGACUGCGGGCUCUUGGUCAAGACCGGUGUCCUCGGCGAGGCGGCCCUCCCCGCUGCUUCCGCCGUGCGGCCUGGCGAGGCGGAGAGUGUGCGGGAGAUGCUCGCUCGCCUUCAGUUCGGGCACGACGAGGCUAAGCACCGCGCUUUGGACGGGCUGCUGGAGGCGAUGAGGGAAGACGAAAAGGGGGUAACGGCCGUCAUCGGCCGGAGCAACGUUGCGGCCCUCAUCCAGCUUCUGACCGCCGCGUCGCCGAUGGUCCGCGAGAAGGCCGCCACCGCGAUCUGCUCCCUUGUCGAAUCGGGGAAUUGGGACACGCUCCUCGUGUCCGAAGGGACGAUUCCACCGCUGAUCCGGCUCCUGGAAUCGGGCAGCUUCGUCGCCCGAGAAAAGGCAGUGCUUUCUGUUCAAAAGCUCUCGACUUCCGCAGUCAACUCCCGCUCGAUCGCCGGCCACGGCGGAAUCCCCCCUCUCAUCGAUCUCUGCCAAGUCGGCGACUCCAUCUCCCAAUCGGCCGCGGCCGCGGCGCUCAAGAACCUCUCCGCCGUGCCCGAAGCGAGGCAAACCCUAGUGGACGAGGGCAUCGUCCGCGUCAUGAUCAACGUGCUCGAUUACGGCGUCGUUCUGGGCUCGAAGGAGCAAGCCGCCGAGUGCCUGCUCCAAUUGACUUCCGGAACCGAGAAAUUCCGGCAGCUGAUCGUGUCGGAAGGUGGAAUCCGGAGCCUCCUCGCGUACCUUGACGGUCCGCUGCCGCCGGAGCCGGCGAUUGCGGCAGUAAAGAAUCUUGUCGGAUCCGUCUCCAUGGAAAGCCUCAUCUCGCUCGGUCUCCUCCCUCGACUGACAAACGUGCUAAAAACCGGAUCUUUGAUGGCUCAACAAACCGCCGCCGCGGCCGUGUGCAAGAUCUCUGGUUCCCCGGAGAUAAAAAAACUCGUCGGAGAAUCCGGUUGCUUGCCAUCUCUGAUAAACAUGCUCGAAGCAAAGAGCAAUUCUUCCAGGGAAAUCGCAGCACAGGCAAUCGCAAGCUUGAUCGCCUGCCCGCGGAAUGGCAACGAGAUCAAGAAGGAGGAUAAAUGCGUUCCCAAUCUGGUCCAAUUGCUCGAUCCGAGCCCCCAAAACACGGCGAAGAAGCACGCCGUCGCGUGCCUCAUGGCCCUUUCUUCGAGCAAGAAGUGCAGGAAAGUCAUGAUCUCCUAUGGAGCCAUUGGCUACCUCAAGAAGCUAUCAGAAGCAGACGUUGCAGCCUCAAAGAAGCUGCUCGAGAGAUUGGAAAGCGGGAGGUUGAAGAGAUUCCUGUUCCACUGAUUCAAUCUAACUCCGAACGAAGAAGAUGAAUCAAAAACAGAAGAAAAAAAAACCGAAGAAAAAUCUUACUCCAUCCACUCUGUUCCAGAGCUCUGUAAGAUGCAGUGUCAGUGUUCGACAAGCUGCUCGAAUGGUUCUCAGUUUGCCAAUUUGUUCAGUGUUGUUGUUUUGUGCAGUAAAAGAACAAACUGAAGUGAAUAAUGUUGGAAAUGUGAAUGGAAAAGAUGAGGAAGGGAAGACAAUUCUAUUGUGAAUGCCUGCUUUUAUCUUCACACUGAAUUUUUUUGGUUUCUAA